AUGGCUGCAUGGAAAAUCAGUCUGGGUCUUUUGGCCCUUCUAUUGGUGUCCUCCAUUAGAGCUGAGGCUCCUGAGGAUGUGGAACUCUCCGUUUCUGAGAUCAUUGAGAAGGCAAACAAAAAUGUUGUGCGAGGCCCAGAUGAGCCUUUUGUAAUUGACGACAUCGCCUACGGUUCGGAGGAGGAGUACGGGAGAAAUGCUGACCCCUGCACGACCUCUGGCUGCAUGUGGCCCAAGUCUGGGGAUGGGAAUGUCUACGUACCUUACCACAUCCACGACCACUACUCUGAUCGAGAGGAGUCUGUGAUUGUGCGUGCACUGAAGUCUAUUCAGGAUGUGUCCUGUAUCAGAUUUAUUCCGAGGACUCAUCAGAAAGCCUGGAUCCACAUCCUGUCUCUCAAUGGGUGUUAUUCCCACGUGGGUAGCCGGAAUAAGGAGCAGACGCUCUCUCUGAAUCGCCAGGGCUGUGUCUACCACCACACAGUCCAGCACGAGCUGCUGCACGCCCUGGGCUUCAACCACGAGCAGACCCGCAGUGACCGGGACGACCACAUCAAAAUCCUCUAUGAGAACAUCGACCCCAUGAUGGCAUACAACUUUGACAAGAUUGAAACUCUGAACCAGGACACUCCUUAUGACUACAACUCUGUCAUGCAGUACCACAGAACUGCCUUUUCAAUGAACAAACAGCCCACCAUGAUGCCGAUUCCUGACCCCAACGUAGACAUUGGAAAAGCCAGAGAGAUGAGUAAGAAUGACAUCCUCAGGCUGAACAGGCUCUACAAGUGUAUUAAGAAAGGAGACCGUCCUUGA